AUGAAGAUUGAAGGGUUGAGGACGGUGAAGGCAAAGGCGAAGCAAAGGCAAGGAAUGGACUGGCCUGGUUUAGCCAUAGCAGGAGAAGACAAGCUUCACGUAGUCAUGUUCCCAUGGCUGGCCAUUGGUCAUCUCAUCCCCAACCUGAAGCUCGCAAAGCUCAUAGCUGAGAAGGGUCACUUUGUGAGCUCCCUGUCUACUCAAAGAAACAUCGAUCGCCUCCUAAAACUACCUCCUCACUUGGCUCCUCUUAUCAAAUUCGUCAGCCUUCCCUUACCCAAAGUCCAUGGCCUUCCUGAUCAUGCCGAGGCGACCACCAAUAUCCCGUACGACGUCGUGCCGUUUCUCAAAAAAUCCUACGACGGCCUUCGACAACCCAUGAGCCAGUUUUUUGAAUCUUCCUCUUCGGAUUGGAUCUUUCACGACUUCGCUCCCUACUGGGUGGGAUCCAUUGCUUCCAAACUGGGCAUCAAGUCUGCUUUCUUCUCCAUAUUUCCGUCCCGGUUUGGGUUUCCUGGGACCUCCUUUCGAUUUGAUGAGUUCCGACCCCCUAUCAGGAAAAGCCCCGAAGGCUUCACUGUUCCUCCGCCAAGGGUCCCAUUUCCCACCAUCGUAGCGUAUCGUCACUAAGAGGUCAUGAGGAUAUUCUCUCACAGUUCCUCCUUCCAGAACACGGACGCUUCAGAUGUAUACCGGAUCGGUGAGUCUGCCCAAAACUCCGACAUAGUAAUGAUCAGAGGUUGCUCCGAAUUUGAAUACGAAUGGAUUCAACUCCUCAAGAACCUUUACCAGAAACCAGUUCUACUCGUUGGCCAACUUCCCAGCACGGCCUGCGAUGACGGUAACGAAAACCAUACGUGGCAGUGGAUGAGAGAAUGGCUGGACAAGCAGAGCAGAGGCACGGUGGUGUACUUGGCAUUCGGGUGCGAAGCGAAGCCGAGCCAAGAAGAAGUGAGGGAGAUAGCUCUAGGUUUAGAGAAGUCGGAGCUUCCAUUUUUCUGGAUCCUGAGGACUCAAUGUCUGCCAAACGACCCUUAGGUUUUGCUGCCGCCAGAAGGGUUCGAGGAUCGGGUGCGAGGUCGUGGCGUGGUGUGCACCGGUUGGGCUCCGCAGCUGAAGAUAUUGGGCCACGAGUCGGUGGGUGGUUUCUUGACCCAUUCUAGUUGGACGUCGGUGGUGGAGGAGAUUCAGAACGAGAAGCCGCUAGUGCUUCUGUGUUUUUUGGCAGAUCAAGUAUUGAACGCGAGAGUGUUGGAGGAGGAGAACAUGGGAUAUUGGAUACCGGGGGAUGAGAGAGACGGAUGGUUUAGGAGAGACUAUGUGGCUGAGUCGGUGAGGCUGGUUAUGGUGGAAGAAGAGGGAAGGAUCUUCAGGGAAAAGGUAAAAGAGACGAAGGACUUGUUUGUAAACGGCGUGAAGAUGGAACUGAUUAAGUUGCAUUAA